CGCGCUUUUAACUCUGAUCUGGGUUUUAAAGUUUUUAUUCAUUGCAUAUAAAUGUAAAAGCAACUUUUUCAAUGUUAUCAAGCAGUGCAUUGCCAUAGUGGUUGCGAGAAUGAGAAACGAAAUGGAGAAUUCAACUUCAAUGAAGUCGAAGGAAUCCACUGCGAUAAAGGUUGAAGAAUUUAUCAUAACCGAUGCCUUCGGUGAACCGGUCGAAGUUAGCGUAUACUUCUGCGAAGCUAUACCGACAACAACCUCCGAAGAUGGUACAUCGGUUGUAAAACAAGCAUCUGCUGGUGAUAAAACUGCUAGUUUUCGCAACUCGCACGCUUUGAAAGCGAACCCUCCUAACGGCAGGGGCAGUCAACCGGAACACAUUUGCGACAUCUGCGGUGCAUCAUACAAGUCACCUGAUGGUUUAUACCAGCACAAGCUAACCCACACAUACACAUCCGUUGAGCCAAAUCCUUACAAAUGUGACCAGUGUAGUUCUCGAUUCGUUCAUGAGCGUAGUCUCAUUUAUCACAAAAAGAAACUCUGUCGGUCAAGUAGUAUCAAUUCUGGAAUGCUGAAAAUGCAGAAGAAAAGCUUGGAUAGGAAUAAAUCCGAUAAAGCGCUGCUCCAAUGUGACCUAUGCAGUAAAACUCUCGUGUCACGUCGAGCACUGACGGUUCAUCGUCUCAUAAAACAUACAUCGGAAAAGAAUUUCAAAUGCGACAUUUGCGGUAAAGACUACCACAUGAUGACACAUUUGAGGCGACACCUGAAAUCGCACAGCACGGAGCGUUUGUAUAAAUGCGACAUCUGCGGCAAUGGAUAUAUAAGGAAAGAGAAUCUUAGUACGCAUAUGAAAAUGCACACCACAUCUUUUGAAUGUGGCGUAUGUGGCCAACUUUGUAAGACACCCAGAACACUACGAGAGCACAAUAUUAGAAAACAUACGUCGGAAAAAAACUACGCGUGUCACGUAUGCGGUCAAGAUUUCCAUCUGAAAGACCAGUUAACGAGGCACCUGAGGAAGCACAACCCGGAUCAACCGCACCGCUGUCCGGUUUGUAAAAAAGGUUAUCCAUUUCGUAGUGAUCUUGCGCAGCACGUGCUUACUCACAUCGAGGAACGACCGUUCGCAUGCGAUCACUGCGACGUAUGCUUUAAGACAUCCGGUCUCUUGCAGACACACCAAAGGUUAGCGCACCAGAUGUGCAACGGUCAAAAACCCGCUUGCGAUAUCUGUGAUCGGAAAUUCGUCACCAACAAUACUCUCAAGCGUCACUUGAGAACUCACACCACAGAGCGACCGUUCGAGUGUGACAUAUGUGUCACAUCAUUUAAGACACGUGGUGGUUUGAAGAGUCACAAAAAAUGGGUACAUUCGAUUGACUAAAACCUCUCAAAUGUGCCCAGUGUAUAGUACUCGUGGGUGUGUGUAUAACCUAUCUAUCUCUCACUGUUCGGCAUUCCGGAAUCAUUUUCUAGUCAGCAAGCCCCCCCAGAAGGUAAUAUUAGAAUUAUAUGGAUUUUACUAUUACAUUCGGACUUUCAACUCCUUUGGUAUGUUAUUACCAAAAGAGUUGACCCGUAUAUAGUGACAUGUGAAAAAAUUCGACUUGAAACGAUCUUACCAAGUUGCUGUUUAGGUCAAUAUAACAUUUUCUUUCUUAUCGCGUCAGUUGGGUUUCCAUCGGUGCAUCUAAUAUCCAAUAGUUAAUUUACGUGCAUUAUUCAGACUUAUUAAAAUUUUUGUUUUGAGAUCAGGCAGCUGGGAACCACGCAGCAUCGCACCUCCUAGCUUAGCUACUCAAUAGAGUUUUACCGGGUAUGGUCACGUGGAGGCGCUAGGUAGAAGCUUGGGCUGGCGAAAGCUAUAUUGGACGCGCCCUCGUUUGCCUACCCCAUUUUAUACCCACUAAAAGAGCAAGUCUCAAUUUUCACAAAAAGAAACACCUAU